CUCGGUGACAGGCCGGGGUCUGAGGCGAGGCGCUCGGCUGGGCUUGCAUGAUGGCGGGAGCCUGUCGUCCGCUCCGAGGUUUCUUGUGGCGGCGGCCGCUGCGGUUGCCGCUAGCGGACGGGCUUCCGCUUCGCCGCUAAAAAAGGAAGCACCUCGGUGUCCCGCGCGGAUGGGGAGCGGCGGUUGCGAAAGAGGGCGGCGGCCUCCUCCUCCUCUUCCUCCUCCUCAGCAACAGCAGGAGCAGCGCCGGUCUUUCUGACGGGGCCGUCUUUCUUCUCGGAUCCGUGAGGUAAAGGAAAGUUGCCCGCCACCGCAGGCUGGGAGCCACCGACCCGCCCGCCGGACGAGGGGAUGUUGCGCUGGAUCCGGCAACAGCUGGGUUUUGACCCACCACAUCAGAGUGAUAAUCGAACUAUUUAUAUUGCAAAUCGUUUUCCUCAGCAUGGCCAUUAUGUUCCUCAGAAGUUUGCAGAAAACAGAAUAAUCUCCUCUAAGUAUACUGUGUGGAAUUUUGUGCCCAAAAAUUUAUUUGAACAGUUCAGAAGAAUAGCCAAUUUUUAUUUUCUUAUAAUAUUUUUGGUUCAGCUUAUGAUAGAUACUCCUACUAGUCCAAUUACUAGUGGAUUGCCAUUGUUUUUUGUUAUAACUGUGACAGCCAUAAAGCAGGGUUAUGAAGAUUGGCUACGGCACAAAGCAGACAAUGAAGUAAAUGGAGCUCCAGUGUAUGUUGUUCGUAGUGGUGGCCUUGUAAAAACAAGAUCAAAGAACAUUCGGGUAGGAGACAUUGUGAGAGUAGCCAAAGAUGAAACUUUCCCUGCUGAUCUUGUACUUCUGUCCUCUGAUAGAGAACAUGGCUGUUGCUAUGUUACGACUGCAAGUUUGGAUGGAGAAACUAAUCUUAAGAAACACACUGCAGUCCCAGAAACUGCUGUGUUGCAGUCAGUUGCCAAUCUGGACAAACUUGUAGCUGUUAUUGAAUGCCAGCAACCAGAAGCAGAUCUUUACAGAUUUGUUGGGCGUAUAACCAUAAGUCAUCAAAUUGAGGAAAUAGUGCGACCACUGGAACCCAAAAGUCUUCUACUUCGUGGAGCAAGGUUGAAAAACACUAAAGAAAUUUUUGGUGUUGCUGUGUAUACAGGAAUGGAGACAAAGAUGGCAUUGAAUUAUAAGAGCAAAUCACAGAAACGAUCAGCAGUAGAGAAAUCUAUGAAUUCUUUUUUGAUUAUCUAUCUAAUAAUCCUCCUUUGUGAAGCUGUCUUAAGUACAAUAUUGAAGUAUACCUGGCAGUCUGAAGAGAAGUGGAAUGAACCUUGGUAUAACCAGAAAACUGAUCAUGAAAGAAACAGCAGUAAGAUCUUGAGGUUCAUUUCAGAUUUUCUUGCUUUCCUGGUACUUUACAACUUCAUUAUACCCAUUUCACUUUAUGUGACUGUGGAGAUGCAGAAAUUUCUUGGGUCUUUUUUUAUUGGUUGGGACCUUGAUCUCUAUCAUGAAGAAACAAAUGAAAAAGCUCAAGUAAAUACAUCUGACCUGAAUGAAGAACUGGGACAGGUGGAGUAUGUAUUUACAGAUAAAACUGGCACAUUGACAGAAAAUGUGAUGCAGUUUCGGGAAUGUUCUAUUAAUGGCCUCAAAUACCAAGAAAUCAAUGGCAGAUUAGUUCCCGAGGGAUUGAUAGAAGACUUUCCAAAUGGAGUACAGCCCAGCCUUACACGUGAGGAAGAACUCUUCCUGAAAGCUCUUUGUCUCUGUCAUACAGUGCAGAUUAAUAAUGACCAAACUGAUGGCAUUUGUGACAGCCCUUGGCGUAGCAAUGGCCUACCAUCUGAAUUGGAGUACUAUGCCUCAUCCCCAGAUGAAAAAGCUUUAGUUGAAGCUGCUCGCAGGGUUGGUGUUGUGUUUACUGGGGCAAAUGCAGAAAGCAUGGAGCUUAAAAGCGGUGGAAAGCCAGAAAGGUACAAAUUACUACAUCUACUGGAAUUUGAUGCCAAUCGUAGGAGAAUGAGUGUGAUCGUAGAAAGUCCGUCGGGUGAAAAACUCUUAUUUACCAAAGGAGCAGAUUCUGUUAUUCUUCCUACCAGUAAAAAUGGUGAGGUAGAAAAAACAAGACUCCAUGUGGAUGAAUUUGCAUUGAAAGGGCUAAGGACUCUUUGUGUAGCAUACAGAAAGUUCACAGAGGAGGAGUAUAAAGAAGUGGAGCAACGUCUUUUUGAAGCAAAAACUGCCUUGCAGCAACAAGAAGAACGGCUGGCAGAGGCAUAUAACUUUAUUGAAAAAGACUUGGAAUUACUUGGAGCUACAGGAGUCGAAGACAAGCUGCAAGAUAAAGUCCAGGAAACCAUAGAAGCUCUUCGAUUGGCGGGGAUUAAAGUGUGGGUGCUCACUGGAGACAAGCACGAAACGGCAGUAAGCGUUAGCUUAUCAUGCGGACACUUCCACAGAACCAUGAACAUCCUGGAACUAGUGCAGCACAAAUCAGACAGUACGUGUGUGGAGCAAUUAAGGCAGCUCGCCAAGAGAAUAAAGGAUGACCACGUAAUCCAGCACGGGCUGGUAGUGGAUGGGACCAGCCUCUCCCUUGCCCUCAGGCAACACGAGAAACUCUUCAUGGAGGUCUGCCGAAAUUGCUCUGCUGUCCUGUGCUGUCGCAUGGCACCCCUUCAGAAAGCAAAGGUUGUACGGCUGCUGAAAACAUCUCCAGAGAAGCCUAUCACAUUAGCUAUCGGUGAUGGAGCUAAUGAUGUGAGCAUGAUACAAGAAGCUCAUGUUGGCAUAGGUAUCAUGGGAAAAGAAGGCAGACAAGCUGUAAGAAACAGUGACUAUGCAAUAGCAAGAUUUAAAUUCCUCUCCAAGUUACUUUUUGUCCAUGGCCACCUUUAUUAUAUUAGGAUAGCAACCCUUGUACAGUACUUUUUUUACAAGAAUGUGUGUUUUAUUACACCGCAGUUUUUAUAUCAAUUCUUCUGCUUAUUUUCACAACAAACUCUGUAUGACAGCGUGUACCUGACUUUGUACAACAUUUGUUUCACUUCCCUGCCAGUCCUCAUGUACAGUCUUUUUGAACAGCAUGUGCAUCCUCAUGUAUUGCACAGCAAGCCAACUCUCUACCGAGACAUUAGUAAAAAUGCCCACUUGGGCUUUAAGCCUUUCCUCUACUGGACGUUCUUGGGAUUUUUUCAUGCAUUUGCUUUCUUCUUUGGCUCCUAUCUUCUGAUGGGAAAAGACACUUCAUUGUUAGGGAAUGGCCAGAUGUUUGGAAAUUGGACCUUUGGUACUCUGGUCUUCACAGUUAUGGUUAUAACUGUUACAAUGAAGAUGGCAAUAGAGACUCACUUUUGGACUUGGAUAAAUCAUUUUGUUACUUGGGGGUCCAUUGGGUUUUACUUCAUCUUUUCCUUAUUCUAUGGCGGAAUAAUCUGGCCGUUUUUGCACACCCAAGACAUGUACUUUGUAUUUGUUCAGUUGCUGUCCAGCGGCUCUGCUUGGUUUGCCAUAAUCAUCAUAGUUGUCACUUGCUUGUUUCUUGAUGUUGUGAAAAAAGUGUUGUAUAGACAGCUGCUGCCCACAAGUACAGAAAAAGUCCAGCUUACUAAGACAGGUCCAGGUGUCAACUGCCUGGAGUCCAUGUGUUGCUUCUCCCAUGGGGAACCAGCCUGCACACCUUUUAGAAGAAUGCUGGAGCGAAUAAUGAGACGGUGCAGCCCCACCCAAGUCAACAGAGAGAAGUUCACAAGUCCUAGCUAUGGUUCUUGCAAAAGAUCAUGGAGCUCUAUGGAACCUUUCUGUACCAGCGAUGGAAGCUUCUUGACGUUAUCCACAAUGGAAUCCAUUACUUGAGACUUUUCUCAAUGCCUUGUGGAAAAACCAUGACAUCUUGGUUGUAACCAAUCUACCAGCCCCUUAUGGCCUCCUUUUUAAAUGUCAUGGCCAGGUUCAUAUAUUUGGGGCAGGCGAGGGAUUGAAGCCUGGUAUUUGCAACAAAUACUAUUGAAAAAAGAAAAACUGUACAUUCCAGUGGAAGCAUUAGCAUUGUUUAGAUGGAUGCUAUUAAUUUUCCAUGGUCACAUUAGCAAUAAUAACUUGCUAGAAACCCUUCAGAAAAGUGAUUGCUUUGGUUCCCAAAUAUCCACAACUGAUUAGCAAAAUAGGAGUGGCUUUGCUAAACUGGGAAACGGUAUUCUUCUAUUCUUCUCCACAAGAUGCAUAGAUCUUCCUUCAUAAAUUGACUUAGCUAAUUCUGAAAGAUUUUGAACAUGCAUACUCUGGAGAGAGAGAGAGACAGAGAGAGAAGUUCCCUGAGGAUGGACUCCAGCAUAAGCCCGAAAACUUGGAAGGAUAAACCUCUGGUCCGACUCAGAUUGGAUCCUGCAACAUUAUCUUGGGACACAUAUAUUUACUUUCAUUUGCGAGGGGGAGGAAGCUGUUAAAUAAAUUAGCUUUAUUUCUGGACAUUCUUGAUUCAAAUUUGGGGGAAAGGAUGCUUUUUGAGGCAUUACUUUUCUCCUUCUCCACUCCUCCCUUCCCAACCAUUUAUUUAGUCAUCUUACACUCUUGUUGAGAGCACUUAAGAAUUCUCCCUGAUUUUGCAGGGGCGGCAAAAA